AUGAGGCUCAAUCCGCUAAAAUGUGCCUUUGCCAUGGAAGCUGGUAAGUUCCUGGGGUUUAUGAUCACCCAAAGAGGAGUAGAGGCCAACCCUGAGAAGUGCCAAGCGAUCCUCCAGAUGAAGAGCCUGGGUUGCAUCAAAGACGUCCAACGGCUGGCGGGAAGAUUGACGGCGUUAUCCCGUUUCCUCGGCGCAUCGGCAGCAAAAGCCCUGCCCUUCUUUAAUCUGAUGAAAAAGGGGAUAGCAUUCGAAUGGACCCCAUCCUGUGAGGAGGCAUUCAACCAUUUCAAGGAAAUCCUAGCUACACCUCCGGUGCUCGGAAAGCCCAAGGCCGGAGAACCACUCUACCUCUACCUAGCUGUAACAGAGGAAGCACUUGCAGCAGUGCUCUUAAGAGAAGAGGGGAAAGCUCAGCAACCGAUUUACUUCGUAAGCAGGGCCCUGCAAGGAGCAGAGCUGAGAUAUAGCAAAUUGGAAAAACUGGCGCUGACAUUCCUGACCUCCUCCCGAAGAUUAAGACAAUACUUCCAAAGUCAUCGUGUAGUCGUCAGAACGGAUCAGGCGAUUCGUCAAGUACUCCAAAAACCUGAUUUAGCUGGAAGGAUGAUGACCUGGGCUAUCGAGCUAUCCCAAUACGACCUGCACUACGAACCCUGGCACGCAAUCAAGGCGCAGGCAAUGGCAGAUUUUUUAGUAGAAGUAACGGGCGAUCCUCCCGAAGAACCGGGCACACGGUGGAGACUCCACGUAGACGGGGCCUCCAACCAAACCUCCGGGGGAGCCGGAGUCAUCUUAGAAAGCCCAGCAGGAGUCAUCUACGAGCAAUCGACCAAAAACUACCAAGCCCGGGAUCCUCUCCUGCAAAAAUACCUGGAAAAAGUUAGAGAAAUGACAAGUCAAUUCCAAGAGGUCAUAAUCCAACACGUCCCAAGAGAAAGGAACACACGGGCAGACCUCCUGUCCAAACUAGCGAGCACGAAGCCAGGAACGGGUAACCGAUCUCUUAUUCAAGGCAUGGUGAAAGAGCCAACGGUCGCCCUCCACUUGACGGAGGCGAGCCCCUCCUGGCUGGACCCCAUCACAAACUUCCUGGAGCUCGGCAAGUUACCUGACGACGAGAAGACAGCUAGAACGUUGAGAAGGGAGGCAGCUAGAUAUGCAAUCAUACAAGGGCAAUUAUUCAGAAAGGGGCUCAGCCAACCCCUAUUGAAAUGCUUGCACCCCGACCAGACGGAUUACGUACUUAGAGAAGUCCACGAGGGAUGUUGCGGCCAUCACAUCGGGGGCAAGGCCCUAGCAAGGAAGCUCAUCCGAGCUGGAUAUUACUGGCCGUCAAUGAUGAAAGACUCCAGAGAAUUUGGAGUUGACCUUUUAGGACCUUUCCCGGUUGGCCCAGGACAAGUCAAAUAUCUCAUAGUGGCCAUCGAUUACUACACCAAGUGGAUAGAGGCCGAGCCACUGGCCAGCAUAUCUUCCUCCAAUUGCAGGAAGUUCAUGUGGAGACAGGUUAUAACCCAGUUUGGCAUCCCGGAGGUCGUUAUCUCGGAUAAUAGAACACAAUUCACUGACAAAAAGUUCACGGAGUUCCUCACCGGCCUAAGGGUAAAACAGAAGUUUUCCUCAGUUGAACACCCCCAGACAAACGGACAAGUAGAGUCCACGAACAAGGUCAUCUUACUCGGCCUCAAGAAACGACUAGACAACAAGAAAGGCGCUUGGGCCGACGAGCUCGCUUCGGUCCUAUGGUCCUACCGAACAACCGAGCAAAGCGCUACGGGGGAAACCCCUUUUCGCCUAACAUACGGGGUCGACGCCGUGAUACCCAUAGAAACGGCGUAA